UUUAUGUGAAGGGACCAACUUCCGCUUCCGGUUUCUUACCAAUGUGUGGGAAUUGUAAACUUAAAAUGUUUAAGUUUUGUUAAUGUUCUUGGUGUUUCUGAGUAGAUCCUCGCGAGGAUAAACUACGAAUAAUUUUUCAGCGGGUUAUAUUGUUUGGUAUUUAGUUCUCCUGUUAGUACAGCACGUGCUAGAACACUAAUAACCUUGGUGUAAGUUACCAGUGAGACUCCGUCAUCCAAGCAGGAGGAAUGGCAGGUUUGGGUCGAGUCCUCAAGUCUGUCACUGCUUUGGCAAAGAAUGGUUUAGAAGCUACAUCGCGGCCAGUGUACAUGGUUUGUCGGAGCAAAUUUACAAGAUCUCGCAUUCCCCCACAGGUAUUUGAAGAGCGUUCCAAGGAACAUGAAAGGUAUGGCGGUGAUCCAGAGCAACCACAUAAACUUCACAUAGUGACCCGAGUCAAAAGUGCAAAGGGACGACCUUACUGGGAAAAAAAGGUGGUGAAAAGUUUAGGCUUAUUAAAGUCACAUGAGCCCAGGGUACAUAAGAACACACCCUCAGUGAAUAACCAACUGAAAAUCAUUAAGCACCUGGUUAGGAUUCAACCCUUAAGGCUUCCUAGUGGGCUGCCUUCAGAAGAAGAAAUGUCAGGUUCAUAUCUGAACAGUAAAGGGGAGCUGGUAAUUAAACAUUCUCAAGUGUCAGCAGCACAGAAAACCAUGGAGUCAUAAUUCAUCCCCUGUACAUCUUUCUUGUUUUACUGUCUAUUAAACUGCUUAUUAAAUAUUAAAGAGACAAAGUUAAAGAACAA